CAACCCAACGACCUUCUAAAACCAUCUUCCAUACAAAUGGACCACCACCUUUCACCACAAUGUCCACCACCACCACCCACCUCCCACCACCACCACCACCACCACUCCCCACCACCGCCCAUUACUACAUAACAAACCUCGGCCUCGGAUACGCCAUCGCCAUCGCUUUCGGCUUCCUUGUCCUCUUCUCCUCCCUCCUCCUCAUCUCCUACAUCUGCAUACGACACCGCCAUACUCAACAUAACCAUAUCCGAACCCAUAACACCCGUGGCGUAUCGAACAACAACAAUAACAACAACGUUGUCCUCUCUAAUAUAAUAUUCAUUGACGAAGAUGCGAACGAAGACCAGGAUGUGGUGGUUGGUUUGGAUCAAUCUGUGAUCAACUCGUACCCGAAGUUUGAAUACUCGAAAGGGGUUAAGAAGGGUUUCGACACGUUGUGUGCAAUAUGUUUGUGUGAGUAUAGGGAAGUGGAGAUGUUGAGGAUGAUGCCUGAUUGUAAACAUUGUUUUCAUUUGACUUGUGUUGAUGCUUGGUUGAAGCUUAAUGCGAGUUGUCCGGUUUGUCGAAACUCGCCCCUUCCUACGCCUUUGUCUACGCCGUUGGCCGAGGUUGUUCCUCUUUCGCAGUACUCAGACGGCCGACACCGGAGGUGAUAUUGAUAUAUGUUGUGUUUUGUUGUUAUGGGUUGGUGUUUUGUUAGGUUUUGGUAUGGAAUUUGUGUAAAGGUGGAUUGUUUAUUGGCUUUGAUUUUGAUUUUGAUUGAUUAAUAUUAUAGUCUAUAAGUUUUGUGUAUAAUAUUUGAUUGAUUUGAUAUGUUGAGUUAACAAACAAAUU